CAGUCAUUCGUAAUUAAUGUUCUUAAUUCCUUGAUGCUGCUGCAAAUAGUAUUAUUAUUCUUAUAUUCCAAACAAUUUUUAUUUACAUUCAAUUAAUGUUUGAUAAAUUUGCAUUUAUUCUGUGAUUUCUUUGUUGUUUCGUAUCAGAAUGAGUUUCGUUUGGAAACGCCUUCAACGUGUUAAUAAACGUGCUGUUAAAUAUCGUAUUUUAUUCGAACUUCAUGAAUUAAUCAUUGAAGGAUGUUCAAAAUGGCAACCAAACAAAUUGAUUGUCGUGUUUACACGUCGAAGUCGACGCCGAUGUAGUCAACCAAUGAUAUGGGAACCAUCUAUACGUAAUCCAUAUUUAGGAUCGGUAAAAUGGACAUUGCCGGAAAUUAUCGAUAUCGAAGUUACAUUGUUCAAAGAUUCACAUGGUCGUUUUGAAUCAAAAGAUUGGAUGAUUUCGAUUGAGGAUAUUUCACCAAUGGGAAAACAACGACGUAUAGCAUCGUCUGCAAUAAAUAUUAGUGAAUUUAUUGAUGAAGAUCAAUUUUCUGUGCCUUUUCGUCAAGAAUUUACUAAAAAGAAGCUACAAAUUACAUCGAAAAAAGUUCGACGAUCAUACAUUUCAUUCAUAAUGGCCACACAAUUUUUAAAAGAAGGCAAAGCAACAGAUGAUGAUAUGCAAAGUUUAGCCAGUUUAAUUAGCAUGAAUGGUCCUGAUCCAACACCUGACCUGGAUGAUGAUGAUCAAAAUUCUCAACCAUUUAAAUAUUCCGAUCAAACGCAGAAUGAAAUAUCCGAAAUGAUUGAACAAUUUAAUAAUCAAUUUCUGAAUAAUGAUAACGAUUCAGUUGGUAAUAAUGUUGGUGAUCAACUCGAACAACAUCAAUCAAACUCCAGUGCGGACAAGCACGAAAUUAUGCAAAACGGCAAUCUAGAGGUUUGCAAUAAUAGUUCAAUCAAAAUGAAUCCCCAAAUACAGGAAUCCGAAUCAAAAUCGAAACAAAACGAAGAAAACUGUAAUGUCGAUAAUUUUACGAUUGAAACUUUACCGCAUGAGCAAAAGCUUCAUACACCAUCUCCUCCUAUUCGUCGUCAUAAUCAUCAAACAGAUUCAAAAACAAAUUCCGAUUCAAGCGUAGCUAAUUCUUUCGUGACUCAUUCUCAUUUAAAGCAUGAAACUUGUGAUAAGCCUGAUUCUAUCCAAAAAUCGUCGAUUGAAUGCGAUCAAGAGUGUAGCUCAUCAGAUAUAAAGGCAUUGCCAUCUUUUAAUCUAAAUAAUGAUGAUUCAAACGAAGAUCACGACAAACAAUUUGAUGAAGUAGACAGUCAUUCAUCGGUUGCAUAUGAACAAUAUUCUGACUCUGAUUUGUUGGCCAACAUCAGUAACGAUGAUGAACACCAUUCAUAUCAAAAGUUGAAUCAGAAUUCAUUUGAACGAUCUAUUGAAGAAAAAUUCGACGAUUCAGCACAAUCGAUCAACGAUCAAGAAUCGUCAUUCAGCCAUUCAAUGAUGCAACGGCUGCAACAACAGCAAAAAAAAGAUAAAUUCGUUUUGCAACAACAAAAACAGCAACAACAGUCAAGCUAUUCAACGGCCGAAGAUUUAUUGAGCUGGUGUCAGACAAUAACGAAAGAUUAUAGUGGUGUUAUGGUGACCAAUAUGACCACAUCAUGGCGUAAUGGCCUGGCAUUUGCUGCAAUCAUACAUCAUUUUCGUCCGGAUUUGAUUGAUUUUGAUUCAUUACAGCCAUCUGAUAUUACUGGAAAUUGUAAAAAAGUAUUCGACGCAGCCUCAAAAUUGGGCAUACCAAAAUUAAUAGAUCCAAACGAUAUGAUCGUUUUGAAUGUACCAGACAAAUUAUCUGUGAUGACCUAUCUUUAUCAACUACGAUCAUAUUUUACAGGAAAAUCAAUGAUCGGUUCAGCAAAUACCAUUUCAGAUUCUAAUUCAACUAUUACCGAUGACGAAACAUUAUCAAGCAAUGAUGAUCAAAAUAAUCGUAGUAUUGAUAAUGUGAAAACCAAAUGUUUAAAUUUGUUCAAUCGAUUUGACGAAUUGGAUAAUUCAACGAUGAAUUUAAAUCAACAACAGUACUGGCAACAGCAGCUGCAAACGACAACCAGUAUAAAAUCAUUAGAAAAUGAAAAUAAAGUAUUGAUGACCAGAAAACAGCUUACAAGUCCAUUCGAAUCUGAUUCAGAAGAAGAGGAAAUUGAAAUUAUGAAUCGGACAUCAUCAAGUAAAGAUCAAUCCUCAAAGCUUGAUUGCAAUAACAAAAACAUAAGUGAUAGACAAGAGCAACCGAUACGCAAACCAUUGAAAUAUCGACAACCAUUUUCAACGACGAUGCCUUCAUCACAAUCAACUUUAUCAUUUAAUAAAUAUCAUUCAACUUUCAUAACUGGUGAUAAUGAUAAUCAUCAUAAUGAAAAACCGUCUACCCAUAAUCAUCCUCAUACAACAUUAUCAUCUAAUAAUCAUCCUAUCGAAAUUGCGCCUGGAUUGAUUGAUCUUUCUAGUAGUCAACAUCAAAAUCAUAUAUUACAGCGAACAUUUUCGGUACCAAAUUGUCCAAAUUCAUACAAUUAUUCUACAGAAGCGCUGACACGAAAGCGUACCCGAAUGAGAGAAGAAGAACUUCGAGAUCGUGCCCGUAAAUUGAUUGAAUCUAUACGAUCUCAUUCGAUCAGUUCCCAGCAAUCUGAUCGUAAACUUUCACAGACUUCACAACCAGAUAAUGAACGUCGUAUGGAACAGUUACGAGAACGUGCUCGUCGUUUAAUUGCUAACGCUCGACAAGGAAUGAUCGAUGCAACCAGUUUAGAAUCUUCAUUAUCAAGCUCAACAAAUUCCACUAAUAAUGCUACUCCACAAAUGAUGAGCCCUAUUGAAUCCUAUUCAAUUACUCAUCAUGAAAAUGAACAACAGCCAUCAUCACCUUCUCCAAAUGUCAAACAAUUAUCUACAAAUCAAGAUCAAUCAGUAAAAUUGGUUGAAUUUAAUUUCUAUCAAUUUAAAACUUGCGAAACAAAAAAUACUCCAUCAAAAUCUCGACUGAAUUCACAACAACAACAUUCUGAACAACAAAAAUCACAAAAACAAAAAACAGUGUCACAACCAACACAAGUAACAAAAACAAAAAAAUCGGAUAAUUAUAAUGAUUUUCCAACAUCUUUUGAAUCAAUGCAACAAGAAUUGGCUCAUAUUGAUAAAGAACAGAAACGAAUCGAUCGUGAAGCAUUGAUUUUGGAAAAACGUUUAAGAAAACUUAUGGAAACUGGUGGCAAUCCACGAUUGGAAGAAAAAUUAUUUCAAAAUUGGUUCGUUUUGGUUAAUAAACGUAAUGCAAUCAUACGUCGACAAAUGCAGCUUAAUAUUUUGGAAAAAGAAGCUGACAUGAAUCGUCGAUACGAUGAAUUGAAAACUGAAUUACAUAACCUAAUGCUUAUUGAAGAUUUUCAAAAAACGGAUGAACAACGAACACGCGAAAAACAGCUUCUCGAUGAACUUGUUAAAAUUGUUGACAAACGAAAUGAAUUGGUUCAACAUUUGGAUAAUCAAGAAAAAGCAAUCGAAGAAGAUGAAUUGGUGGAAAAUCAAACACAACAAUCCAUACCACUUAUCGAUCCUACAGCCGAUAAAAAUUGUGUUAUACAAUGAAACAAAUGAAUGGACAAA